UCUCUCUCUUAGAUAUACACAGUCCACAAAAUCCCACAUCCCCUUAUCCAUCCAUGUCUAACCACUUAAACAUCUUCUUCCUCCUCCUCAUCCUCUGUGGGCCCACCAAUGGCCGUUUCAUCACCCGCCGUCACUCAUCUUACGAUGUAGUCUCCGAUGGUGGGGUCCUGCAGGUCCACGCCUCACCCUACCUGGCCCUCAACCGCCUCUCUGCGGCGGAUUCCUGCUGCGACCAGGCGUACGGGUUCUUGCCGUGCACCACCUCCGCGCUCGGCAACCUUUUCCUCAUCCUGGUCUACGGCUACUUCAUGUUCCUCGCUGCGACCUACUUGUCGGACGGGAGUGAGCUGCUGUUGGAGAUUCUAGGCCCUGGAAUCGUCGGCGGUCUGUUACUCCCCAUUCUCGGUGCCGCUCCCGAUUCCCUCAUCAUUCUCGCAGCAUCUGGUCUUUCUGGAACUACAGCAGAUGCUCAAAGUCAAGUCUCUGUAGGAAUGGGGUUACUUGCUGGGUCAACUGUUAUGCUUCUUACAAUAUUAUGGGGAUCAUGUGUUAUUGUUGGCAAGUGUGACCUUGUUGAUUCAAAGGCAAUGGACGAACAAAAUACAAAAGGCUAUAGCUUAACCGAAUCUGGUGUUAGUACCGAUAUCUGGGCUUGCUACACUGCAAGGAUUAUGGCCAUAUCUGUCAUCCCAUUUGUAAUUGUUCAAAUACCACUAAUUUUCAAUUCAACUUCAUGGAGGCGCUUGGCAGUCUUGAUUGGGCUUAUCGUCUCUCUUCUACUAUUGGCUUCUUACUGCCUUUAUCAGGUCCUUCAGCCUUGGAUCCAGAAGAGAAAAUUGGCUUAUGUGAAGCACACACAUGUUAUAGUUGGACUUCUAAAGCAUCUGAGACAACGUGCACUUGGAAGGCUGCACAGGGAUGAUGGUUCACCGAACGACGACGUUAUUGACAAGCUGUUUUCUGCAAUUGACACUAACAAGGAUGGAAACAUUUCAAAAGCUGAAUUGAGAGUAUUGAUUGUUGGAAUUGAGUUUGAAGAGAUUGAUGACCUGGAUCAAGAGGAUGCUGUAGAUAGAGUAAUGAAAGAAUUUGAUACGUCCCAUGAUGAAGUCAUUGAUAAGGAUGAGUUUGUCCAGGGCAUUAAAAGAUGGCUAAGGAAGUUAAGGUUGAGGCGGCCUGCCUCUUGUGAUCCUGGUCCUCACACAACAAAGUUUUUACAUGACUAUCACCACGAAGUAAAAAGAGAGGAAGAUUUGUUGGAUGUGAGGGAUCAAUGUGAUGAAGUUGUCGGGGGUGUUGUGAGUUUCAAGUGGAAAGCAGUGUUGUUAUUGGUUCUGGGAGCUAUCAUUGCUGUGGCAUUUGCCGAUCCCUUGGUAGAUGCUGUUGAUAACUUUUCUGCUGCCACUAGUAUUCCUGCUUUCUUCAUCUCGUUCAUCGUGCUGCCUUUGGCUACAAACUCUUGUGAAGCUGUCUCAACAAUUAUAACUGCUAGCCGUAAUAAACGGAAAACUGCCUCGUUAACAUUUUCUGAGCUUUAUGGGGCAGCAACGAUGAGAAACGUCCUCUCCCUCUCUGUCUUCUUAGCCCUUGUUUACAUGAGGGGGUUGCCAUGGGAUUUCACUGCUGAAAUGCUGGUUGUUCUAAUUGUCUGCGUUGUGAUGGGUGCCUUAGGCAGCUUCCGCACCCAUUACCCUCUCUGGACAUCUAUUCUAGCUAUUCUACUUUAUCCAUUCUCCCUGGCGCUGGUUUAUGUCUUUCAUUCCGUUUUUGGGUGGUCAUAGAUUCACGUACGUCCCGAAGUUUUGACAUGUGGUGAUGCAGAAAUUGACGGAGUCUGUGUCCUAUAUAACCAGUAGUGCGUUAGCUCAACCACCAACAACGAGGAGCUCCAUGUCUACUGGAAUUCGAAUUAUCAUCAACAAGCCAUAGAUGACAUUUUAUGAAAUAUGAAGUUAGUGAGAUAUUUAUUGUAUGAGUGUGACGCUAGCUUGUUGGUUGAAUCCUACAUUUAGUCUGUUUCUAAGUCCUAAUUGGUUUUGAAUAAGUUAGUGGCUAUAUAAGGUGAUGUGAGUUGUAGUUCAUUUUAAACGAAUGAAUGAAGUACUUUUAUUGAAAUUCUAAGCUACUGGGACAAGAUUUCUCUUUUUGUGGUGUGAUUCUUCUUGACGAGUGAAACUCUGUUCAACAUAAAAGGCUGGAAUGUUGGCGAGGUUAAAUCCUAGUGGGAAUUUUGAGUGGGAGGAGUUCAUUUCUGCUUAUGAGCCAGCUGAAGUUCUUGUAGGCAGAUUUGGGAAGGCUACUGUGCAAAAGUCUGAUGCUUAGCUACACAGAAUGCAAGCUCCAUUUGAGCCAACUCUACUUAGACGCAAUCAUGGAGAUUCUUCUUUUUCAGCUCCCAACAGUUUCU